CAUCCAAACAUGUGAUGGAAAAUAAUGUUUGAAAUCAAAUGUUUUUUUGUUUUCAUUUUAAUUAUCAAACAAACAAAUAAUAAAAUCAUAUGAAAUAUGUUUGUAUUUAUUAUUUCAGUGAUAAUCUUAUCGGUAGUUAUUAUCGGCUUAUCGCUCAAGAUAUAUGUCAAACUAGUGGACUGUAGAUAUCGUAGCCGUAAUGGACUGACAAAUGAUGAGACUAUUGUUGCCUUUUUUCAUCCGUUUUGCAACUCCGGCGGCGGCGGUGAACGUGUCCUAUGGGUGGCCUUACGUGCACUUCGGGACAAAUAUCCCGAUUGUCAUUAUGUUGUUUAUACAGGCGAUGUUGAGGCCAAACCCGAAGAAAUCUUAGCGAAAGCGCGAAACCAUUUUAAGAUUGAUUUGGAUGACUCGUCCAUACGUUUUGUAUAUCUUAAGAGACGAUAUCUAAUCGGUUGCCAAUUGUAUCCAUACUUUACACUAUUGGGUCAAAGUAUUGGCUCCGUAGGACUCGGUUUGGAAGCGCUGUUCAAUUGUCGGCCCAACAUCUUCAUCGACAGUAUGGGCUACAGCUUUACGUUUCCAGUGUUCAAGUAUUUAGGCGGUUCACGUGUGGUAGCAUAUGUCCACUAUCCGACUAUCAGUACCGAUAUGUUAGAAUUGGUGGCCCAGACACGUACCAGUUAUAACAAUCGGUCGUUUAUCAGUAACAGUCCAGUGCUGACCAAAGCUAAACUUAUGUAUUAUAAACUAUUUGCAUAUCUGUACGGAUUGAUGGGCCGUAUGGCCGAAAUAGUGAUGGUUAACUCGAGUUGGACUAAAGGACACGUCGAACAUAUAUGGCAACGGGAGGCCCGAACAGUGUAUCCGCCGUGCAAUACAAGUGAUUUGAAACAGUUGUCGUUGGCUAAUAAAAAUCGUCUGAAAAUCGUAUCGAUUGGUCAGAUAAGACCCGAAAAGAAUCAUAAGUUACAAUUGAUGGCUUUCAAAGAGUUUAUCGAUAGACUAGCCGCUGAUGACAACAAAUCGGUGGCAAAACUAGUCAUAAUUGGCAGCUGUCGUGACAGUGAUGAUGAACAACGAUUGGAUGAAUUGAAAAAACUUUGUCAUAAACUGGAAAUCGACGAUAAAGUCGACUUCAAGAUUAACAUUCCGUACGAUGAGCUUAAACGUCAAAUUGAAGAGUCGAGUAUUGGUUUACAUACAAUGAUUAACGAACAUUUCGGUAUCGGUGUUGUCGAAUGUCUGGCCUCAGGACUCGUAACAGUGACGCACGACUCGGGCGGACCUAAAUUGGAUUUAAUACGAAACGAAACAAACGGUUUUCUGGCAACAGAUUUGCACAAUUUUGCCGAAAUUCUUUAUAAAAUUGCUAAUCUAUCGGAUAGACAAUUAAUGGACAUCCGAGUGACCGCCCGAAACAGUUCCGACCGAUUUUCAGAGCAACAAUUCGAGACACUGUUUCUACAAUCCAUUGAAUCAGUUUUUUAAUUAAAAAAACUUUUUUGUAUUUCUAAAAAAAAGUAUUUGAGGGAAAAGAGCGUCUAUUUAUUGUAUUUUUUUAUUUAAAAUAAUAUA